CCGCAAGACAACGUCACUACUGUCAUUUUUUACUGUCACCUAUUUCCGAUCCGAAUGCGAUCAGUUUUACUAAAACCCUGAAUAAUGUAUAAAUUGUCACUAUUUUAUAACAACUUACACACAAAAUCUUAUAGUAGCACUUUAAUUAGGAGAUUUUCAAGGACCCCGAAUAAAAAUAGUAAAUUGUGUGGAUGGCCCAAGUCGGACUAUGGCCCCGUGGACGUGCACAGGUCCUCAUUUCUGAAUGGCCUAAAAGUAGCGGCGGUUAAACCGAUGGGAGCUCAAAUAUGUUGUUGUACUGUUAUGUUUUCGGUAGGAUCACGAUGUGAAGCAGACGAUGAGCUUGGUGUGAGUCAUUUCCUUCGCACUGCCAGUAGUCUCACUGGGUGCUCCAGUUCUGGAUUCAUCAGAUCCAGACUCAUCCAGGAAAAAGGCGCAUAUUUAAGCGUAAACUCGGAUCGUCAGACUGUCUGCUACACCCUGCGGUGUCCGUACUACUUGUUCAAUGAACUCAAGUGCUACUUGCUCGACUGUGGUCCCAGAAAUUUUUAUUUACAACAUGAAUUAGACGAAAUCAUGCCGUGUGUCCAUGAAGAUCUAUACAGAAUAUCACCAGAGCAAAGAGUUAUGGAUUUGAUUCAAAAGGCGUGUUUUACUGGUGGUCUGUCAAACUCCGUCUACUGCGAGGAGAGUAGGAUUUACGACAUGACCACGGAUACAAUCGACGCUUUUGUAAAUAAGUAUUUCCAGCCUAUGACCUGCACCAUAGGUUCUUAUGGUGUUCCAUUCGAAGAAAUAUUGAAAAUGGCGUCUAUGGUUGAUAGUGGAAAAUCGAAUAGACCAAAAUCGUGUAAGUGCCCACAGCGAUCAAAUUUCCGAUCAGGUUUUGAGAGUUACGAUCUAGGCAUCGGGGCGCCUACUUAUGUUGCUAUCGCGGUGCCAAGUUGUGGUACUUGCGAUUUUAGCACUCUCUUGGCCUAUUCAAUUUUGGCACACUCUUGUGGCGCGGGCAACAGCCUAACACCAGGUUGUCAAGAUCUGACUCCCCAGACACCUCUUUCAUUGCUCGGAGACGGUGACCCACACACAGAAUUUAAAGCUUUCAAUAUAUCUUAUAUGGAAUGUGGAAUAUUUGGAAUUUUAAUAAAGAGUCCUUCAGAAACUAUAAGGUGUGCUGCGUUCAGGGCUGCCGAAUUUCUAUUUAACUUACGCUGCAUUGACUGCAAUACCAUCGAGAUCGGAAGACGACGGCUCAAGGUAGGCUUGAAUAUCAGUGAGUAUGAUUGCAUGGCGUAUUCAGAGGGUCUAGCGCUGCAAAUCGCGAACGAUAUAGUGUUGGACUCUGCUAAGGACUUUAGCAAUGAAUUGGACAGAGUUAGCGUCGAGAGGGUUCGCUACCUCGCUAACGCGGUCUCUUAUAAUGCGUGCAAUAUGGGCGUCGCAGUGGUUGGUGAUGUGGGGAAAGCACCACAUGACGGAGAACUUCGAAGAUCACCUCAGUUUUAAUAGUUUACUUACUUGCAGUUUGUUCAAUUUUAUUGCGUCGCACAUAA